UGUUCUUUUCGAACUACACAGUUAGGCAUCGAAAUGGCGUAUAAAUCAGAUAGUAAUUUCGUUACUGAAAAGGUGCGAAUUAUAUAAAUAGAUUUUGAGGCAACACAUGCUGCAACUGUAGUGCUACUCCAAAGAUAAACUUCAGAUCGCGUAUGCCCGGAUUGACAUUUCCCAUAACGAAAAGUUGUCACAUUUUUUGAACCAAAAAACCAAAAAAAAAAAAAAACCAAGGCACACAAUGCGUAGCAUUUGAGAAAGCAUAGCAAUAAACUUAAUUAAAAAUUAUAAAAACAUAUAAAAAAUUUAUAAUGUGAGACUUAAAAAAUAUCAAUGAAACCCGCGGCAACGUGCGAAAAUACAAUAUUUGAGUUUAAUUCUGAGGAAAGCAUUAAGUGCAUGAAGAUAUGAAAAGAUGAAGAGAUGAAGAGAUGAAGAGAAAAUGAUUAUUCAGCAAGUAAUGGAAAGAAAGAAAGGCGCCAAGUUGUGCAAUAAAAUUUGUUGAAGUUUAUGAAGUUUAAGUAAAUCUUAAACAAAUAUAAAUGAUUUAUUCAUUGAAAAUCAGUAAACAAAUAAAAAGAAAUUACAAAAAUAAAUUUGAAAAGAAAAAUUAAGCUCUAUGCAACAUCAACUUUUUAAUUGUGUAGUUACAAAGUAUCUUACGAAAUUAACGAAUAUCAAAGAGAUUCCAUGAAAAGUGUCACUUGAAAAUUUAAGCCUCUCUAAGUCGAAAAAACGACACAUAAAAGUGAAAAUAAUUAUAAUUUUUUUUUUGCCUUUCAUCAGUGAAAUUUGGUUGCGCCUAAAUGAAGAACCAAAUUCGUUUUUUUAGUUUUGAUACUGUGAUUACGACACGGGAAACUUAAUUAACUGAAAGUGUUUUUUUGACGCUACUUACUGGGUGCUGAAUCCACCAAUUUUCGCCGACACUUAACUCAAUCGAAAGAGAGCACGUCAAAAUGUUAGCCAAUAUAAGAAACAUAAGAAAACGUUUAGUGCGAAGACACCUCGACAUCAAGGAAUGCGAAGACGACGACAAAGACGAUGUUCACACGUUCACACCGCCAACAAAUUACAUAAAAAUUUCCCAAGGCAAAAUCCAGCUUGUGCACCAGCCAACAUCUUUAGAAAGCGAAGCCAACGAUGCGCAAACGAAAAAGGAUAAAGAGAUUCUGGAAGGUCGGAUUGUUGAACUUGAAGAAGCACUGCUACGAUUGCAGGAUAAAGUUAACAACAGUCAAAACGGGUCGCCAACAUUCGAAAAAGAACUGCGAGAACAACUUGAAAAUAUGAAUCGAGUGAUGAAAUCCAAAGAUCGCAAGCAGAUACAGACAUGUCGGGAUCAUAAAGCUUUACAAACCCGCUUUGCACGACAGGAGAAUUUUCUGCAUGCACUACAACAAGAGAACAGGGCGCUACUGUUACGUAUACGCCAAUAUGAACACUGUUUAGAUGAUGUAAUGCGUAAAGUUGUUGAUGCAAUAGUGGCAGAAGAUAAUUUACGUGAAGAAGUAGUGAUGCUCAAGAGUCGCGUACGAGAUUUAGAGGAACAAAAUGCAGCUCUUUCUGCUAGUCCAGCUAAGGGUCGUGACGAAGGUUAUUGUACUAUGAGUAGUGGUCAACCUCAACCAUCUAAUGGUCACCUUGAGGAUCUUCCAGAAGAACCAGAACAAUGGUUGCUUCCGGCAGAACCUUGUUCCACAGAGAUGGAAGAUUGGAGCAUGUCUCAAGAAGAAUUAGCUGUGAUUACGCUAGAUGAUGAACGAGAACAACAUCAGCAGCGACAAAAUCGAGAAAAUCAUCAACCAAAACCAAAUAGCGAGCAUGACUGGAUUUGGAAUACCACUGAUUUCCUCAAUUCUACAAUGUUAGGACCGGAUCCUUCUACAGAUGGUAUUUCACAGCUUUUACAACAAAAGAUUGUUUAUUCUGAGGAUGAAGAAGUUGCCUGUACUGAAUUCACAAAUGAUUUCUAUAAAUUAGUGAACAUACGCUCAAGUUCAGCUCGAAGUUUGUACUCAUAUAUUGAAGGUGAAACAGAUGAUGAAGACGAUGACGACUGCGACGAUUCAAGUUUUUCAGGAGUAAAUGUAUGCUUAAGAGAUCAAACAAUGAAAGAAGUUGGUAAAACACAAAGCCCUACACCAAGUGAAGCAGGUCGAGCACAAGUAACAAGUUGCUCGUCUAGUGAAUCGGAUGAAUUAUCUCGUUGUACAAUGCAACAGGAUAUAAUUGAGGAAAACAUGGUGCAGGACAUUUCUAAUACAGAGCUUAAUGAAAUCGAACAACAAAGUGAUAUCGAAAUCGAAGAUGUUCAGCUGGAUACUGAACUACGACAUCUUAAUGAAACACAAUGUAUUGAGAAAAUAAUUAAAAAGGAACUACAUAGGCCACCACCGCUCUUAAUGAAAUCAAAGUCUUUAUUAGAAGAAGACGAACCUGGUUGUAUAUUAAGAAAUAAUCAACGACGGGAAAUUGAAUCUAGUGUUGUACGUAGUGGAAGUGCUAAUGGAUCCAUUUGUGCUAAUAGUGUGCUAAACACAAAUACGAAUAACUUACCAGAACGUACAUUGCAAAAGGCUGCGAACUCAUGGCGAAAGAGUAAUGGCUGGAAAAGAGUAACUUCACCACUUCAGUCACCAACUCGAGUGGUUUCACCAAAAACUGAACCAAAAACAGAGCUCUCUAAACCCUUACAGACGGUAACACAAAAAUUGCAGCCAACUAGAAUACCAACGUGUAAGUCCUCACCACCGAGUUCUUACAAACAACAAAUGCAACCAAUAAGAAAAUCAAAAAUUCCUCCACCAGUUCCCGUGCGACGUUCCUAUGCAAGUUAAACAGAAUCAUAAUCUCAAAUCGUGUUUGCGAUCUAAUAUCAUAAAAAUUCAUAAACGACUAUAUACUUAAUAUUUAGUUAAGUAAAUAAUAAGAGUUAAGAAAAAAAGACUUAAAUGUG